ACACACUCAAAUAGCGGAGCCACAAUGCACCACGACAAAGGCGCUGCACCUGCUGCUAACCCAACGUCCGGGCCCAACGUGAUCAUAACUUUCAACCAAUCAGCUGCAGCCGACCAACUCAGAUGUGCUCUGGAGUAUUAAGGAGAACAAACUGAUGAUGUGAUAUCCACCCAUUGGACAGAUUAUCAUCCACUCUCCAAGAUUGUAACCAACCAAUAUGUCUUGCCUAUUUACCAUUUUAUUGCUAGCAUCUUCUGUGUCCUUCGGUCAGGGAGCUAUAGUUUUUGAUGAAAAUUUGGCAAAUGAACAGAUUUCUGAGGGCUUAGAAAUAGGUGCAUAUGUAGGAACUAUCAAGGCUAUAGACACUAAUGAUCCAGAUGCAGCGUUUGUAUAUGGUAUUUUUGACUUGACUAGUUCUCCUGAUGCCUAUGACUACCUAGAGGUUGAUGGAGCAUCUGGUGCUGUGACCAUAAAGGUUAAACUAGAUUAUGAGAUCUUCACUAGCAUGUCUGUCCAAUGGUCAGCAGACAGUACAAGGUCUGCUCCAUUAACAUUGUAUAUCACGGAUGAGAAUGAUAAUACACCCAAAUUUCAAAAUGAAUCAUAUUCUACAGAGAUAUCAGAGGAUAAGCCAGUUGACACUACUGUUGCUAAGGUAACUGCUACAGAUGGUGAUACUCGGGAUACAAUAACAUAUAGCCUUUCUAAUUUUACUGCAAAUUGUGAAAUGGAGGACUUCCGGGUAGACAGCACUUCAGGUGAAAUUAUAGUUGCUAAGAAAUUAGAUUAUGCUUCGGUUGUGCAGUAUACAGUCUGUGUAAUAGCAGCAGAUGGCAGGGGUCUGGACGAUAGCACAACAGUGGUUAUCUCCAUCAGAGAUGUGCAGAACCAACCCCCUGUUUUUCUUGGUCAGCCUUACGAUAAAACCAUCCUGGAAAAUGCCGCAGUGGAUGAUGUCGUUCUAACAGUUGUUGCAAACGAUGGAGAUCUUGGUGUGAAUCCCAGGAACACAAUAAAUUACACUUUGAUUGAUGAUGCUGAGGGCACAUUUUCUGUGCAAACAAAUGGAGAUAUUGUGGUAGAGAAGGAACUAGAUCGGGAGACGGAACCAAUAACUCAACUUUAUACCUUGAUCGUUCAGGCAAUUGAAGAUGAUAGCUCCCAGCCAUUUGCACAGAUUAAUACAAACACAUCAAUCUACAUUCGUCUCUCAGAUGUCAAUGAUAACAUUCCUACGUUCAACAAAGAAGGACCAAUUGACACAAUCAUCCCUGAACACUCUCCACGUGGAACUCAACUUGAUUUUGGUCUGGAGGCUUUUGAUCUUGAUUCAGGUGACUCGGGGAGAAUCAUUAUAUCGCUUGAAGAUGAUGAAGGUGUAUUCUAUCUAGCAUCACAUACCAUUUUAAACAGUGGGGUGGUUGACAUUAGGGUCGAUAAUUCAACCGCAUUGGACUUUGAAAGGAUUUCCGAAAUUACAUUCCAUAUAAAAGCUUCAGACUCUGAGACUCAGAACUCCAGUGAUAUCACAGCUGUAGUGAUCUUGACAAACAUCAAUGACAACACUCCAACAUUCAGUCAAGAUCAGUAUGAUAUAGCCUUACCAGAGAACUCCCCUGAGGGCACCUUUGUUAUCCAGCUGGAGGCUACAGAUGCUGAUAAGGACUCUGACUUGAACUAUGAACUUCUAGGCUACAACAACGGGUGGUUUGCCAUAGAUUCCUCCUAUGGCAACAUAACUGUAUCUGCAGAUGCUGAAUUUGAUGCCGAGCUAUUGAGUGUCUAUUUUCUAACAUGUGUGGUCAGUGAUGGAGAAAGGUUGUCUACAGCUCUGCUGAAUGUUACCGUAACUGACAUGAACGAUAAAGCUCCUGUCUUUCAGUCAGAAGACUACUCUGUUACCAUUCCUGAAUAUAAUUUAGAUGACUUGGGUGAACAAGAGCGUCAAAUUCUACAGGUUGUGGCAACAGAUGCGGAUAGCUAUGAAGUGAACAGGGUUUUGACCUACUCCAUUGAGAGCGGGAAUGAGGAUGGAAAGUUUGAUAUUGAUUCCACCUCUGGGAUGAUAUUUAGGAAUGCUAGUAUAGAUCGUGAAACAGAAGCUGCAACCUAUGAAUUGUUGGUAAUGGCAACGGAUAGUGGAUCACCUCCGUUGAAUGGCACCACUGAUGUGAUUAUAGCAAUUGAGGAUGUGAACGACAAUGAUCCAUUAUUCUUGGAGGAUGUUUACACUGCAGAAGUUGCAGAGAAUGCUGCUUUUGGAACGAAAGUGGCCAACGUCACAGCAGUUGAUGCUGACGUCGACAGCCUGGCUGUGCUGUACACAAUAGAAGAAGCCAGUCCAUUUCUGGUGAAUCAGGAGGGAAUAAUUACACUAGGUGGGACCGUGGAUUACGAGGUACAGAUGACGUACAACCUCACCGUGACUGCUACGGAUCGGGAGGACACAUCCAGACAAGACUCCUGCCAAGUUUUGAUAGCAGUAGUGGAUGUGAAUGAUGAAAGUCCAGUGUUUAAUACAACCUCACCUUCUUCGUUGUCAGUCAAUGAGAGUGCUACAUUUUGUGAUAGCCCUACUGGAUCUGAUGACUGCGCAGUUCUAAUCACUCUGGAAGCCUCAGACCCAGAUACCAAUGCAGAUCUGAGCUUUUCCAUUUCAACGGUCAUAGGGUAUGAUGAGAAUAGCAAGAUGGUAGAAACUAACUUUUCAAGCCAAUUUGGAGUGGUCAGUGGGACGGGCGAGGUCUUUGUCCGGACAGAGCUUGAUCGAGAAACUGUUCAACGUUUUGACGUCACCGUAGGGGUCAAGGAUUUAAACGCAAUGGGAGAUCAGACUGACUCAGCCGAACUUGUGAUCACAGUGUUGGACGUCAACGACAAUCCUCCCGAGUUUAUCGAGCUCCCAGAUAGCUUCACUACUCCAGAGACUGAACAGGUGGGCAUGGUAAUCUCUGUGGAUAUUCUCGCUGAUGACAUAGAUGCUGGAGAGAACGGCAGGGUCAUCUAUGGGCUUCUGGAUGAUGCUGAUGGCCUUGUGAGGAUUGAUCCUGACACAGGCAUUCUUAGUGUGAACAAUCCUAUUGACAGGGAAAUGAAUGAUUCUCUGACUAUAAUAUUGUAUGCUAAGGAUUCUGGAGAUCCACCUCUGAAUACCACAAUAACACGUCAGAUCUUCAUCACUGAUGUUAAUGAUGAGCCACCGGUGUUUAAUGAGACACUUUCAAGUGAAGCAAACCUUCUUGAGGAUGCGGCCAACGAGACGUGGGUCUUGACAGUGCACGCUACUGAUAAAGACUCCGACUUUGGGGAAUUAACUUAUUUCAUUUCAGCUGGGGUUGGUGCAGAGGAUUUUGAAAUAGAUCCUGAAAAUGGAGAGAUUACUGUCCAGAAGGAGUUAGAUCGAGAAAGACAGUCUGUUUAUACCUUGACCGUAGUGGCAAGUGAUGGUACCAGACAAGACAAUCUAGAGGUGACAAUCAACAUUCUAGAUGUGAAUGAUAAACAUCCAGUAUUCACAGAGAGUUUCCCUGAAAGUACAGUGAUUUCAGAGACUGCCGCGCCUGGAUCUAGUGUAGCGGCCAUCAUUGCUACAGAUGAUGACGAGCCAGGAACCAACAACUCGGAAGUACGUUACUCUAUGAUCAAUCAUAAUAAAACAGAUUUCUUUAAGAUCAAUUACGAGACAGGUGUGGUCACUCUUAAUACGAGCACCACCGAUAGCCUCAUACCAGGGGUUUAUGUUCUGGAGGUGACAGCCUUUGACCUUGGAAUUCCCCGUCGUGAGAGCAAACCCAAGGACUUCCGGGUCAUUGUCACAGACUACAAUGAUGAAGCACCUGUAUUUGUCAAUCCCACACAGGGGUCCAUAGUCUAUGUAAAUGAGAGUUAUUCAGGUUAUAUAACCACAGCUGAGGCAACUGAUGGAGAUUCGGGUGACAAUGGUGUUGUAACAUUUGAAUUUGACACUAGUCUAGGUGCCACAAAAGACUACCAAUAUUUCACCAUUAACAAUAUAACCGGUGAAAUCAACAUAGUGGAAGAAACUGACAGGGAGACAAAAGAAACCUAUAUUCUUGGAAUUAUAGGAAAGAAUGCAAGGUCUGACCCCAUACGUACAUCCCAGGUUACCUUCUCUGUUCAAGUCAACGAUACAAACGAUAAUGAGCCCGCUUACUGGGGAGAGGGCACUGGUCCCAAUGGCCCACAGGAACCUCCAGAACCUCUGCAGCUUGAAGUACAGGAGAACCUAGAAGGUGGAACCUUUGUAGGAACAGUUCCUACAGCAAUAGACCUUGAUAGUGAUCCCAGUUAUACUCAGAUCUUCUACUUUAUAGUCGAGGGAACAAAUGAAGACUAUUUUUAUCUGGAUGAAGUCUCUGGAAAUCUCACCCUCUUGCGGCCCAUUGAUCGUGAGGUUAGGCCACAGUUUUCUCUGGUUAUCAAGGCUGUCAGUGAUCCUGAGUUUGUUCCCCAAGAGAAUGAACCGUAUGACCCUCUGUCAGAUGGAACCUUGGCUAGAGUGACUGUCUUGGUGACCGACGUCAACGAUAGUCCUCCGAGGUUUGAUGCAGAUCGAUAUACGGCAGGUGUGCUGUUCUCGACACCAUUUGGAGUGGAGAUCAUUACCGUCAAUGCAACAGAUCCGGAUGUAGGCAGCAGUGCAGUUGUAGAGUAUGAAAUUCUCUCUCAGACAUCAUACGGAUUUGAUACAGACGGCAACUUGAAGAGUUCACCUGUGAAUGUAUUUGGAAUCAAUAGUUUUGGCCAGGUGAUUAACAGCGUCAUAUUCCAAGACAGUGUGGACAGCUAUUACAUUGUGGAACUGCAAGCUACAGACAGUCUAAAUGGUGACUUUAAAGACAAUGCUACAUUAUCGGUAUAUUUGAUGACUGAAACUGACCAAGUGAGUGCAAUAUUUGCAGAUGAGCCAGGCAAUAUCAGAGACAGACAGAACGAAUUCAAGCAACUUCUGGAAGAAAUCAUGGAAGAUGUAGGAGGAUAUGACGAUGUUUCUGUUAACAUUGACUCCUUAGAUUUUGAGUUGGAUGGUAACAGUCUUCCUAUUCCAAAUAGGACUGAGAUGUUACUCCAUGUUGUAGAUGAUCUAGAAAAUAUAGUCAUUUCUCCAGCAACAGUACAAGAAGUUAUUGAUGAUGCAUAUGGAUAUACAGAAGAACUGCUUUCUUUUCAUUUGAUUGAAGUUGAGUUUAAAACCAAGCAAGUUGAGCCUGAUGUUCUAACAGCCUUACAGACUGCUAGUUUUGCUCUAGCAUUUGUGAUGUUCCUCAUUCUUGUCCUUCUCAUCAUUGUCUUUUAUCUUAGUGUUACCUCGUAUAAAAGGCAGAUACGAGCAGUAACGAUUGAUCUUUAUGGUGCUGGUGAGAAAAAAGAGGCUCGAGCUCCUGGUACUAACAUGUUUGCGGAGAGCAAAAAUCCUAUAUACAAUCCUAAGGCUACAGAGGUCAAAGAACCGCUCAGUGAUGAGGAUGAAGCAGGCAAAGAAGCAAAGGAAAGCCUUCAACCCAAAGAAGAAGAAUUCCAAGAGGUUGAACUCAGCUUUGAUGUGGAGCCAAACUAUGAAGACAUUGGAGAAGGAAAUAAUCAACUUCUUGAUGAUGUUCUAGACAAAUAUGAGAAACAAGCGCAUGUGAAUCUGGGAUUUGACCAAGGAGAAUCUAAUAACCAAAAUCUUUACAUAUCUGAUGUAUAACAACUCUACUUUUCCUUGGAUCACCCAUCAUGCAAGAGAGAUGCCACAGCACCCCCCCCCCUGUAACCCAAUGUUUUAUCAAUGCAGAAUCUGACAAAUACAUUUGAGCAGGAUUCCAACUAUAACCUAAAUCAAAGCUCAAAAUGGUUAAUACUUUUCUAUAUUUCACAUUACAUCCAACUUGCAGCGAGCCCUUUUUGGACAAAGUAAAAUCAUGUUAAAUAUUAGUGCCAAUUUAUGCAGGAUAUUUGUCUCUUUAAUGCAUCUAUUAUCAAAAUGACUGAAAAUAUUCAUUUAUGUGUAUAGUAAGUAUACUUUCUUCUCCUAAUAACGAAGACUAGAAUAAUGUUAUUGUUUAUCUUUCUAUGUGUUG